UAAGUCAGGGUGUUAAAUACCGGUUAGGCAUUGUAUCGGAAAUAUGCGACAAUAUUGGCCACCGGGUUUCAAAAAUAAAAUAUUCUGCGUUGUUACCCAGCGCAGUGUAUAAAUAGUUCAAUUACUGUUUGGGUGAAAGAACAAAAAUUUGACUGUAUGGCAAAAAACACGAUCAGGAUAUUUAGAUAUUAGGUGCUAAAGGUGACCCGACCCUACUAUACGCCAUAAACUACAGUCACACCCGGGAGUUGAGGUCAUGACACCAAUAAUUACAUUGCUUAAACUAUAAAGUGACCGUGUUGCAAUUUGAUUGUUGCAUCAUAUAUGUUAUUCACAACAGGUGCUGUGACAUCAUAACUGAAAGCGUUGCUGUUAUGUUACGCGAUUCGUCCGGAAAAGGAAAUGAUGUAAUAAGUGAAUAGGUUCGUCUUAAUUGUGUAUCAUUGUUUACCGGAUAAUCGCUUUGUUUCAAUCUAAUGAGAUGUGUCCGCUUUACACCUACAGACACUGUGAAUGCAUAAGAAAAUAGGCAACCAGACAGAUAAAUAAAUAGGCAAGCGCAAUUUACAAGGAAGUUAUACUUGCUACGGUAUACUGUAUAAAGAAAGCACCACGUAUUUAAAUUUUAAAUAUUUUUUUAUAAUAUUCGUUCACAAUCAGGACUGUUACGUCACAUCUAAACGGAAACAGUUAUUACCAGCUGGCUAACAGAUUACAAAUCAAUUAAAGGAAGUUUUAUGCGCGAGUGUAUAAAACAGCGGUUACCUUUGUAAAAACUUACAAAUACCAGGAUAUAUGCAAAGGGCAGACACGUCAGUGUGAGUUGAAUAAUUUAACAAUAUCUUACAGUUUUAUUUACACGUAAAUGUACGGUGGUUUAGGAAACAAAUACAAGCUGUUUUAAUAACAUUAAAAUUAUUUUUCUUCAGACGACAAUUACUUUUACUCUUCAUGUGUAAUGUUUUAUUAAUAUAAUGAUUUUACGAGUUAUUUUGCUGUUCUCUGUUUAUUCAUUGGUGCAAGGCAGUGACACUUGGUUUAAUUCUAACAGCUGGUCAUGUAGCCAGACUACAGGGUUGUGUUCAGGUUCAAGAUCAAGACUAUGUGGGAACGCAGUCUGCACAAGCGGGAUAGUCACGGAAGUUCUAACAAACUGCCCAAGGUCAAACAUUUGCAGUGGGGCGAAUUUGGUUCUACAAGUCGAAGAGGCUUGCUUACAAUCAAGCAAUGAUUGCAAUGCACCCGCAAUAGACACGGUUCGUUACACCUGUCCCCAAAGCCCUGGAUGCCGCGUAACGCACCGACGUUACUGCGUGCCAACGACAUGCAUCCGGGGUACGUGGACGCCUUGGAGUGACACAAGCAGCUGUAAUGCAACGUGUAGUGGAUUCAAAACAAGACAACGAGAAUGUAGAGACACUUCUACCAACCAACUAUCGAAGCUAUGCCAGGGUAGUGCACGGGAAACCACCCAGACUGAUACUGCUUCAUGUACUCCACCCUGUCCCCCCGGAACUGAUGGUCGAUCGGGUGGGAGUGGUUGCCAAGCAACGUGUUCUGCAAAUCCGACGGAAAUGACGUCAAGCAUAUUGUUCGAGAAGUGUACAGCAAGGGAGGAAUGUCCACCUCCGCAUGAGUACAUCACAUCAUGCGCGGGAUAUGUGAGUGACAGAACUUGUACGUUGGGCGGAGAUUACUCUUACUGCUCAGGGACGUAUUUACCUUGGCAAGAGUGGGAGAGUUGGACUGACUUACCCAACAACAGGGAGCGGCGACGACAUUUGAAAUGGUGCGAUACGCCUGUAGCAGUAAACUCAUCGCCAGGACAACCGUGUUGGAGGACUGUAUGGAUUGAAACAGAAUGCAGAGAUAAAGUACAAGCUACCCCAGAAAGUCGAAUUGUGCCGGGACCUGGACCAGAAGUAACAACAGACGCUACAGAUGUGACAACCAAUGGUGCAGUACCUGGGCCCCCUCCUCCCAAACCGCAAUCUGGUGGCCUGCCAGUGUGGGUGAUAAUCUUAAUUAUUCUGCUGAUUAUACUAGCGGUAGUUAUCAUCAUUUGCUGCUGCCGAAGAAGAAAAAGAAGGAAGAAAGUAAAGAAAAUGGAUCCUGCAGCGCUCCCUCCCCCACCCACACCUAUUGAAAUGGAGGAAAUUCAAUCAUUUCAAGGCCCAAAAGAAGACUCUGUUUUUGUAGCUACAACUGAAAAGCCAGCAGCCAGUCCAAACCGGCUAAACGUGAUGCAACGUUUCGCAAAAGCAUCAGAGCAUGUCUACGAGAGGAUAGCUGCAAAGAGGGAAAGAAUAUUUUCCAGAAAUUCUUUCCCGGAUUCUGCACCUCCAUCUGCAGCAAAUUCAACCCAUGGGACUCCUUACCUUACACCACGGGGGACAGAUAAAAAAUCAAACGAAUACGUUUUAACCGAACUUGAAAAAAAGAAACAGAAGUCUCCCAAAGGAAUACUUAGACCCGGGGUCAAUGGAAAUCAACCUUUACGAAUCUCUGUAACGGUUACAAAUCCAGAAGGUCAACAAGUUGAAAACAGCGCAUACAAGUCACAACUAAGUGUGGAGGAUAAUAUGAGCGACAUUGAUCGGAAACAGAGGUGGAGCAGAGUUCCUACACCCCGUGUCUCGUCGCCUGGUAACCGAUUCUUCUCAAAUACAAACCAAGGAACAGAUAAAGUGCAAUCUGUGAAAUACGGGACCCCAUCUGACGAGCCUGUUACUCUACUUCGCCCUACGCCAGACAAAAAAGAAAAGACUGGUUUCAAGAAGAUGCUACUGAAGCUGAAAACUUCACCUAAAGAUAAAUCAUUACACAGUUACGAUUCUGUGCCUCAUGAACCAAGGGUUGCGAGUUCGAAACCUAGGGUCUACAUUCCAUCCGCUACUGCCUCGAUUGAAGGCAUGGAAGACGAUGACGUAUCGAUGUGGUCUGACAGCACAUUUGAUGACCUUGACUCAGACGACUUCGCAUCGCCCACCUGCGAGGAAAGUUUGACAGCGAGAAAAACGGCCCGACGAACCAGAAACCGACAGAAAUACAAAUCACGAAGCAUGGCUACACUUAACACUGACGUUAACGACCAGAUACCACGUCAACCGCAUUCAGCAACCCCGGUUAUUAUGCAUCCUAACAGUGAUGUUAGAAGUGCAAGGUCGGAUACAUCUGUGGCAGAGGAGAAGUUCUCGUUUCCUGACAACUCCAACUGCCUUGCCGUGAAGCCACAGGGACAUCAAGAAGGAUAUUUGGAUAUGUCAAUACAUGCGAAUGGCAAUGUUGAUCCUCUGAAUCGCAAGGACGUAAAAAGUUGGGUCAACUUAGGCGCGCCCCCUCUUCCACAAAAGCCGAAGAGUCCAUACCAGAAGGUUAUUAAGAAGAAGAACUCUCCCGGGCUCGAACCCCAGUCGAGUAAGUCGCCACAGCGAGAGCUGGAUCUUGACGAGAAAUACGUGACUUCUAUAUCAAUUGACGUCCCUUCUGUACGUCACUAUAUGGGUGAUGGAUUGGAGACAGACAAACAUGGUUACCUUCAUCUCGGCUUUCCCGAACACAACGCGUAAACUAAAAAAUCGUGAAAUCGCCACGAAAAUGUCAUUCUGUAUAUGGUAUCACGAACUGCUGAAGUAGCAGAAGCGAAAAUAAGACGUUAUUUUGCCAUAUUUGACAGAUCUUAUUGCUUUGUUAAUUAUUAUACAUCGAGCACAUAUGAAUUAAAUUGAGUAUUCAAGUG